UGUACUAUUAUGACAGCUACCAAACUGAUAUCUUUUGCAGCCAAGCACAUUUCUUUUUCUUUUGGAGUGGUAGGGAAUAGGGAGCCUAAUUUGUCUUGUCAUGAACUGAAUGGUGUAACGAUUGUCUCGCUGUUUUCAACAUGGACACGGUGAAGUUGAGUUCUGCUUAAAGAUGUGGAGUACCGCUGACUAGACAGUAAGACCCUCUAGACCUUACCUUAUAGCAUGACAGUGACAACCUCAACUAAUCGAAUGUGUGAGAGGUUGGAGGUGGUGACAUACCAAUCUUGAAAGACCACUCUUUCGUCUGAAAUGCCUAACCGUCACACCAAUCAUUUGGAGGCAGUAUACUGCUAGGUGGGUAGUUUUUCUAGGAUGUAUGCCUCCUAAAUAGUAAUAGAGGUAUGUGAAGGUAGACUCAAGCUAAGAUUACACUCGUGAGCAUAAUGGUAUAAGCCUUCUUGACUGUGAGACUAUUGGUUGAACACCAUGCACGAGCAGAGGAAAAAGAAAGCAAAAUGAAUUAUUUUUCUCUUUUGGGGAGAAAUUCUUUGAUUGCAUAUUGAAUACAGAUACAUGUCUUUCUUAUUCCACUAGCUAAACCAAAUUCUUACAUGUCCUUUUUGCCUAUUACAACCUUCUUUUUUGAUGUCAAAUACCAGAAGCUACGCACAAAUUCUCAUUGGUUCUUAGUUAUUCUUAACAAUGAUGGCUAUUUCAUUUAAGUUGUUCGGGUAGCACCAUUAGAUUUUCAGCAAGGUGUAUGUACAUGUUCCUGUGGCUCGGAUGAGUAUUCUUGCUUAUAUCAUCACGAAUAUAAACACUUCUUUGUUUCUUAUGAACAUAUCAUCCCUUUUUUCUUUGCUCUUCUGGAACUGGUGCAAACAUAGGUGCUCUCUUCUACGUUGUUUUUCCUUAAUUACUGAUGGUAUCGGGGAAACCAGUGUGUGGGAUGCUCGUUUAGCCUCUAUAUUCAUCUCGUUCCUUAUUUACCUAGGUGCAAUGCGUUUUUAAGAACUUUUUGUAUAUAUUUACAGAAAAAAGUAGCUAAGAAAGAAAGAAAAGACAAAAAUAACUCUUAUAUUAGGAAAGAACUGUACUCAAAACUCAAGAUGCUGAUGUUAUGAUCCAUAUUGGUGGUUGGUGAUUGGAUGUAAAUGCAAACAAUUAUAGAUUUGUGUGUGAGCUGUUAAGGAACUUGCAUGACUGAGAAUUUAUUAAAGUGCAUCAGUUAAGGACCCACACAAUAAUAUAGAGAUGCACACUCUUACCCUCUAUAAGUACUUGACAUAUUUCUGAAUUGUAUGCCUAACAAAGCAUAGACUUCUACAAUCUAGACUAGAAAAAGCCUCCAUUUUUCCCAAAAAAAACAAAGUUGUAGUAGUGUUAGAAAAUGGCUCCAGUGCCAAGUUUUCCUGUUAAAGUUGGUCACAUUGAUGAUGUUCAAGAACUGAAAAAGAUUAAACCAUCUUCUAUUCCUGAAAGAUUUGUAAGAGACAUGAUAGAAAGACCAAAACUUGCCACAGCUACUACUCCAUCUUCCUGUAAUCUUAACAUUCCUGUUGUUGAUUUGUCGAAAAUCUCGAAUAGCCAGGAUUUUCAUAAUGAAAUCAUGAAGCUUUCUACUUCUUGUGAAGAGUGGGGAUUCUUUCAGGUGAUUAACCAUGGGAUUGACUUGGACUUGCUUGAAAAGAUGGAGAAAAUAUCUAUGGAGUUCUUCAUGUUACCUUUAGAGGAGAAACAGAAAUAUCCAAUGGCUCCUGGAACAGUUCAAGGUUAUGGUCAAGCUUUUGUCUUCUCAGAAGAUCAAAAACUUGACUGGUGUAACAUGUUUGCUCUUGGUGUGGAACCUCAUUUCAUUAGGAACCCAAAACUCUGGCCAACUAAGCCACUUGAUUUCAGUGAAACGGUGGACAUAUACUCGAGAGAGAUAAGGAAACUAUGCAAGAAUUUGUUAAAGUACAUAGCAAUGAGUCUUGGAUUGAAUGAGGAUAUUUUUGAAGAAAUGUUUGGAGUAGCUGUACAAGCAGUGAGGAUGAACUACUAUCCAGCAUGUCCUAGACCAGAUCUUGUUUUGGGAUUAAGUCCCCACUCAGAUGGAAGUGCACUGACAGUGUUGCAACAGGGUAUAUGCAGCAGCUCAGUUGGCCUACAAAUACUUAAAGACAAUGUUUGGGUACCUGUCCAACCAAUUCCAAAUGCACUUGUUAUCAACAUUGGUGAUACCAUUGAGGUUCUAACCAAUGGGAGAUAUAAAAGUGUGGAGCACAGAGCAGUGACACAUCAAGAAAAAGAUAGACUAUCUAUUGUGACAUUUUAUGCACCAAGUUAUGAAAUUGAGUUAGGACCAUUGGCAGAAUUGGUUGAUGAAAAUAACCCUUGCAAGUAUAAAAGGUACAAUCAUGGAGAGUACAGCAUGCACUAUGUAACAAACAAACUUCAAGGGAAAAAAACUCUAGAGUUUGCCAAAAUCUAUGACAACUAAUCCCUAUAGAGACACACUAUUAACUUAAGAUGUAGACUAUUGACAUAAUAAUAAUGUCUUUUGUAAAUUCAGUGGGCAGUUUGUGUACUGUUAAUAUGGAAAGCUCUCUUUGUAUAACCUAUACUUAUUGGAGUAUAACAUAAUGGAAGCAAAGUGGGGUCUUGUGUUUG